AUGAAUGAUCUGAAAUUUGACCCCAAUGUCAAGCUUAUACUUGCCUCGGCUCGAUCACAUGCCAUGUCAUUGUCACAUGGUCAAGUAACUCCUCUGCAUCUCGGAGUUACUUUGAUUUCUGAUCUGACUAGUGUUUUCUAUCGAGCAAUCACCAGUGCAGGAGACGGCGAUAUCUCUGCUCAGUCAGUUGUCAACGUUAUCAACCAAUCCUUAUACAAGCUCACUAAACGGAAUCUCGGGGAUACCAAAGUGGGAGUAGCGGUAUUGGUAAUUAGUCUUCUUGAAGAUUCUCAAAUCAGUGAUGUGUUGAAAGAAGCUGGUGUUGUGCCUGAGAAGGUUAAGUCUGAGGUGGAGAAGCUUCGUGGGGAGGUAAUCCUUCGGGCUUUGAAGACUUAUGGGACAGAUUUGGUUGAGCAAGCAGGUAAGCUUGAUCCUGUCAUUGGCCGACACAGGGAGAUUAGAAGAGUAAUUGAGGUUCUCUCAAGGAGAACCAAGAACAACCCCGUGCUCAUCGGUGAGCCAGGUGUUGGAAAAACUGCUGUGGUUGAAGGUUUGGCUCAAAGGAUACUGAAAGGAGACGUGCCUAUCAAUCUUACUGGUGUAAAACUUAUUUCCUUGGAAUUUGGUGCAAUGGUUGCUGGAACAACACUCCGUGGACAAUUCGAAGAAAGAUUGAAGUCUGUCUUGAAAGCAGUUGAGGAAGCUCAAGGCAAAGUUGUUCUGUUUAUCGAUGAGAUCCACAUGGCUCUUGGUGCUUGCAAAGCAAGUGGGUCAACGGAUGCUGCUAAGUUGCUUAAGCCUAUGUUAGCAAGAGGUCAGCUUCGUUUCAUUGGAGCUACUACGCUUGAGGAAUACCGAACACAUGUUGAGAAAGAUGCUGCUUUUGAGAGAAGGUUCCAGCAAGUGUUUGUAGCUGAGCCUAGUGUGCCUGAUACUAUCAGUAUUCUUCGAGGGCUUAAAGAAAAAUAUGAAGGACAUCAUGGUGUUCGUAUCCAAGAUAGAGCUCUAGUUCUUUCUGCUCAAUUGUCUGAACGUUACAUCACUGGUCGACGUUUACCGGAUAAGGCAAUUGAUUUAGUUGAUGAGUCUUGUGCACAUGUCAAAGCCCAGCUUGAUAUUCAACCAGAAGAAAUUGAUAGCCUUGAAAGAAAAGUAAUGCAACUAGAGAUAGAGAUUCAUGCUCUCGAAAAGGAGAAGGACGACAAAGCUAGCGAAGCUCGUCUUUCCGAGGUGAGGAAAGAGCUUGAUGACUUGAGGGACAAGCUUGAGCCUCUUACAAUAAAAUACAAAAAGGAGAAAAAGAUCAUUAAUGAAACUCGGAGGCUUAAACAGAAUCGAGACGAUCUCAUGAUUGCUCUACAAGAGGCUGAGAGACAACAUGACGUUCCUAAAGCUGCUGUUCUAAAAUAUGGUGCAAUUCAGGAAGUAGAAUCUGCGAUAGCGAAACUAGAAAAGAGUGCUAAAGAUAACGUGAUGCUUACAGAAACUGUUGGGCCAGAGAAUAUUGCUGAGGUAGUGAGCCGAUGGACUGGGAUACCAGUGACUAGACUUGACCAGAACGAGAAGAAGAGGCUAAUUUCUCUUGCUGAUAAGUUGCACGAGAGAGUUGUUGGACAAGACGAAGCUGUGAAAGCUGUGGCUGCUGCAAUACUAAGGUCGAGGGUUGGACUAGGAAGGCCACAACAACCGUCUGGUUCCUUUCUCUUCCUCGGUCCAACUGGUGUUGGUAAAACCGAGCUGGCUAAGGCUCUGGCUGAGCAACUCUUUGACAGUGAAAACCUACUCGUUAGGCUUGAUAUGUCGGAGUAUAAUGACAAAUUCUCUGUUAAUAAACUUAUAGGGGCACCACCUGGAUACGUACAUUGGUCAUGA